AUGCACACGGGGGAGAAGCCUUACAAGUGCGAUGUCUGCCCUGCAGAGUUCAGCCAGAGGACGAACCUACAGCAACACAAGCGGACACAUCCGGGCAAAAUUCCAUACAAGUGUGAUGUCUGCCCUGCGGAGUUCAGCCAGAGAGGGCACUUACAGCAUCACAAGCACCUAAGGUAUCACAAGCUGACACGCACGGACGAGAAGCCAUACAAGUGUGAUGUUCGCCCCUGCGGAGUUCAUCCACAGCAGGAGCCUACCGCUACACAGGUGACACGGCCGAGAAGCCAUACAAGUGUGAUAAUCUGCCCUGUGGAGUUCAGCCAGAGCGAGCACCUAAGUUCAUCCACAGCAGGAGCCUACCGCUACACAGGUGACACGGGCGAGAAGCCAUACAAGUGUGAUAUCUGCCCUGUGGAGUUCAGCCAGAGCGAGCACCUAAGGUAUCACAAGCCGACACGCACGGACGAGAAGCCAUACAUGUGUGAUGUUCGCCCCUGCAAAGUUCAUCCACAGCAGGAGCCUACCGCUACAGAGGUGACACGGGCGAGAAGCCAUACUACAGGAGCCUACCGCUACACAGGUGACACGGGCGAGAAGCCAUACAAGUGUGAUAUCUGCCCUGUGGUGUUCAGCCAGAGCGAGCACCUAAGGUAUCACAAGCCGACACGCACGGACGAGAAGCCAUACAAGUGUGAUAUCUGCCCUGUGGAGUUCAGCCAGAGCGAGCACCUAAGCCAGGGCGAGCAUCUAAGGUAUCACAAGCCCACACACAUGGACGAGAAGCCAUACAUGUGUGAUGUUCGCCCCUGCAAAGUUCAUCCACAGCAGGAGCCUACCGCUACACAGGUGACACGGGCGAGAAGCCGUACUAGUGCGAUGUCUGCCCUGUGGAGUUCAGCCAGAGCGAAGUUCAGCGAGAGGAGGAACCUACAGCAACACAAGCGGACACAUCCGUGCAAAACUCCAUACAAGUGCGAUGUCUGCCCUGCGGAGUUCAGCCAGAGCGAGCACCUAAGGUAUCACAAGCCGACACGCACGGGAGCCUACCGCUACACAGGUGACACGGGCGAGAAGCAAUACAAGUGUGAUGUCUGCCCUGCAGAGUUCCGCCAGAGAGGGCACUUACAGCAUCACAGACAGACACACACUGGAGAGAAGCCAUACAACUGUGAUCUUUGCCCUGCAGAGUUCAGCCGGAGCGGGUACCUACAGUAG